UUCGUCGCGAUCAGGGCGGAUAUGGACGCCCUCCCUAUUCAGGAAGCUGUUGAGUGGAAGCACAAAAGCAAGGUUCCUGGAAAAAUGCAUGCUUGUGGACAUGAUGCACAUGUUGCAAUGCUCGUUGGUGCUGCCAGGAUAUUAAAGGCCAGAGAACAUCAUCUAAAGGGUACUGUAAAGCUUCUCUUUCAGCCAGCAGAGGAAGCUGGAAUAGGUGCUAAAAGAAUGAUUGAAGACGGUGCAUUAAAGGACGUGGGGGCUAUAUUUGCUGUUCAUGUAUCUCAUGAACACCCCACUUCUGUUAUUGGAUCGAGACCUGGUCCUUUACUCGCAGGAUGUGGCUUCUUCAAAGCAGUGAUAAGAGGUCGAGAGGGUCUUGCUGCAAAUCCACACCAUUCAGUUGACUCCAUUUUAGCUUCUUCUGCUGCAGUAAUCAGUUUACAGAACAUAGUUUCUCGUGAAGCAAAUCCUCUAGAUUCGCAGGUAGUAUCAGUGGCAUCCUUUAAUGGGGGCAGUAACAACCUUAACCUUAUGCCAGAAUAUGUCACUCUUGGUGGGACAUUCAGGGCAUUCUCAAACACAAGCUUCUAUAAACUCCGGCAGAGAAUAGAAGAGGUGAUUGUCGAGCAAUCCAGUGUCUACAGGUGCACAGCUUCUGUUGACUUUUUCGAGAACGAAAGAUUCUAUCCUCCGACAGUCAAUGAUGAGACCAUGAACGAGCAUGUAAGGAACGUUGCAACCAAGUUGUUGGGUCCCGAGAACUACAAGGUGGUUCCACCGAUGAUGGGAGCAGAAGAUUUCUCCUUCUACUCAGAAGUAAUACCCGCAGCUUUCUUCUAUAUCGGAGUUAGGAAUGAGACAUUAGGGUCAGUUCACACCGGGCAUUCUCCGUAUUUUAUGGUAGAUGAAGAUGUUCUUCCCAUGGGUGCUGCUGUUCAUGCUGCAAUAGCUGAGAGGUACCUCGUCGAGCAUGGUUAGUAAUUGUUCUCGUCAUUGUCAUAGAAUGAGGAGGAAGGAGAACGAGCGGAGGAUGGUAGAGAGGGAAGGAGAGAUGUCCCUCCACCAUUUUCUUGUCAGCUUAAACGAUGGGCUUAAUAGACAAAGAAUGGAAACUGACAGGUACAUGUCCCUUAGUUAUUCCUGCAGCAAAUUUUAUCGGUUUCAUGUUGUUAGCUAACGGGUGGAUCACAGGGGAGACGAAAAAAAUUUGGGAGGUUUUGUCUGUAGAUUGAAAUUAAAUGAUCCAUGUAGCACUUCUCUUGUGCUUGCCGUGAGUCCUAAGGAAUCCUUUCUUAUGGAAAGCAUAAUCUUGUCGCAUUGUAUAAAAAAAUUUUCGGGUAUUUUCUCGUUGUAUUAGUGCUGUCA